CUAGAAACAAUUUUGAUGGAAUAUGAGAGCUAUUAUUUUGUAAAGUUCCAGAAGUACCCCAAAAUGGUUAAGAAGGCGCCAGAGACAGCAGAAAAUAAUUUACCACCAAGAAGCGGAGGGAAGAACAACAGAAGGGUGACAAAUGACAAUUGUCAAAAUUUCCCCAAGAUCUGUCAGCAGAAGCCACGACCCAAAACCUCAAUAUUGAAGACAGGGGACACCAAAUCUGUCAAGGACCAUUCUAAACAGGAGAAUGUCAGUAAUGCUCAAGUAGAGAAUGCUGACUUUGGCCUAAACAUAUCAAAAAUCCAGAAGAAUGGCACAGAGGAAAAGGCCCAUCCACAAAGAGGCCAAAUCAUUGACUUCCGGGGGCUGCUCACAGAUGCUAUCAAAGGAGCCACCAACGAACUCGCCUUGAACACUUUUGAAUGUAACCCAGACCCUUCGGAGCGGCUGCUGAAACCUCUGAGUGCAUUUAUUGGCAUGAACAGUGAGAUGCGAGAACUGGCAGCCGUGGUGAGCCGGGACAUUUAUCUCCAUAACCCCAACAUAAAGUGGAACGAUAUUAUUGGACUGGACACGGCCAAGCAGUUAGUCAAAGAAGCCGUUGUGUACCCAAUAAGGUACCCACAGCUGUUUACAGGCAUCCUGUCCCCUUGGAAAGGUCUGCUGCUUUACGGCCCUCCAGGUACAGGAAAGACACUGCUGGCCAAAGCCGUGGCCACCGAGUGCAAAACGACUUUCUUUAACAUUUCUGCCUCCACCAUUGUCAGCAAGUGGAGAGGAGAUUCAGAAAAACUUGUCCGGGUGCUGUUUGAACUUGCCCGCUAUCAUGCCCCCUCCACGAUCUUCCUGGACGAGCUGGAGUCUGUGAUAAGUCAGAGAGGCAUGACUCCUGGGGGAGAACACGAAGGGAGCCUCAGAAUGAAGACGGAGCUCCUGGUGCAGAUGGACGGGUUGGCCCGCUCGGAGGAUCUCGUGUUUGUCUUAGCAGCGUCUAACCUGCCGUGGGAGCUGGACUGUGCCAUGUUACGGCGCCUGGAGAAGAGGAUUCUGGUUGAUCUCCCCAGCCAAGAGGCCAGACAGGCCAUGAUCUGCCACUGGCUGCCCCCUGUGAGCAAGAGCCAUGCCCUGGAGCUGCGCACAGAGCUGGAGUACAGCGUGCUGAGUCAGGAGACGGAGGGCUACUCAGGCUCCGACAUUAAGCUGGUCUGCAGGGAGGCAGCCAUGCGGCCCGUGAGAAAGAUCUUCAGUGUGCUUGAAAGUCACCAGUCAGAGAGCAGCAAUUUCCCUGUGAUCCAGCUGGAUACCGUGACCACGGAGGACUUUUUGGAUGUGUUGGCUCACACCAAGCCUUCAGCAAAGAAUCUGACUGAGAGAUACUUGGCCUGGCAAAAGGAGUUUGAGUCUGUGUAAAUAAAACUGCACUCAGCCUGCCCUGGCCAGAGGCAGCGAGAGCCUCCACUGCGUGACUGGGCUGGAAGGGAGGAGAUUUUUCUUGAACUCUGGAUGAAUCUGGACAAAUGUG